AUGUCAUUGUUUAAAGCUAGAGACUGGUGGUCCACCAUACUUGGAGAAAAGGAAGAAUUUGACCAAGGCUGUCUGUGUGUUGCUGAUGUUGAUAAUAGUGGCAGUGGACAAGAUAAAAUUAUUGUGGGCAGUUAUAUGGGAUAUCUCCGAAUCUUUAGUCCACAUCCUGUGAAACCUGGAGAUGGAGUACAACCUGAAGACUUGCUCUUGGAAGUGCAGUUACGAGAACCAAUAUUGCAGGUGGAAGUGGGAAAAUUUGUUUCUGGUACUGAAGGACUUCAUCUGGCUGUGUUGCAUUGCCGAAAACUCUGUGUAUAUGCUGUCUCAGGAACUCUGGGAAAUGUGGAACAUGGGAACCAGUAUCAGAUUAAACUGAUGUAUGAGCACAAUCUUCAGAGAACUGCUUGUAAUAUGACUUAUGGUCCAUUUGGUGGUGUAAAAGGUCGGGAUUUGAUAUGCAUACAGUCCAUGGAUGGGAUGCUCAUGUUGUUUGAACAGGAAAGCUAUGCUUUUGGCCGUUUUUUACCUGGUUUUCUUCUGCCUGGUCCCUUGACUUACAGCUCUCGGACAGAUUCUUUCAUUACAGUGUCUUCUUGUCGACAGGUUGAGAGUUACAAAUACCAAGUGCUGGCAUUUGCAACAGAUGCUGAUGAAAGACAAGAAACAGAACAGCAAAAACUUAGUUCUGGAAAAAGACUUGCGGUGGAUUGGGUUUUAAACAUCGGAGAGCAAGCACUGGAUAUAUGCGUUGUCUCCUUUAAUCAGGCAGUUUCUUCUGUUUUUGUGCUUGGUGAGAGAAACUUCUUUUGCCUUAAGGAUAAUGGGCAAAUUCGAUUCAUGAAAAAGCUUGAUUACAGUCCAAGUUGCUUCAUUCCUUAUUGUUCAGUGAAAGAAGGAACAAUAAACACUCUGGUUGGAAACCAUAGUAAAAUGUUGAAUGUUUAUCAAGAUGUUACUCUGAAAUGGGCCAGUCAACUUCCCCACAUUCCUGUAUCAGUAAAAGUAGCAAAUUUACAGGGCUUGAAGGGUGUUAUAGUCACUCUGAGUGACAAUGGGCAUCUUCAAUGUUCCUACCUUGGAACUGACCCUUCAUUCUUCCAGGCUCCUCGGGUUGAUUCUAGGGAAAUAAACUAUGAAGAAUUUGAUGCUGAAAUGAAAGAGCUUCAGAAAAUUAUCAGGGAGGCCACAAAAACACAAGAUAUUUUGCCCAAAUCAGAAAAACACAGAGAUCUAAUUGUCACAGCAGAAGUUUCGCCGGAUUUGGAUGCAGAAUCACAAGCCAUUGACAGUGAGGUAAAAGCAGAGGCAGUACCAUCAGUCACAGUAAAGAUAACAAUACAGAGCAGAGUGACUGCACAGAAACCGAACCUGGCGGUAUGUGUACAAGCUCCAUUAGCAGUGACCUGUGACCAGUUCAUCUUUGAUGAUUUAGAACCAGACUCAUCUGAAACUGUAGUCCUGUCUGUCUAUUUGAAGGGGAAUUGUUCUCCAUCAGAACUAGAAGGAAAUUGUGUGGUUUCAUAUAAUACACCAACAGAGCUCAAUCCUGAAGGAAUACUGAGAGUUGCACAGUGUAACUUCAGGCUGCCUUUGCGGUUAAUUUGCUUUCCAGCUCAACCUUCAAAAGCAGCAAACCACAAGCUAACUAUUGAUACCAAUAAGCCUUCCAUCAGUUUUCUCACCAUUUUUCCAGACUUUGUUGAUCCGUCUGAGGAUGACCAGGCAAAUGUUCUAGGAUUUCAGUUUUUAACUGGUUCAAAAAUCACACUUCUUGCUUCAAAAACAUCACAACGAUAUAGGAUCCAGAGUGAUCGGUUAGAAGACCUUUGGCUGAUAACAAAAGAGCUUACGCUUCGACUCGAAGAACAUUUCAAGAAGCAAAACUGCAAAGAUUUUGCAUGUACCUUUUCUGGUUCAAUUCCCCUGCAAGAAUAUUUUGAACUAAUUGAUCGACAUUUUGAGCUACGUUUGAAUGCUGAAAAAUUUCAGGAGCUGUUAUCUGAAAGGGCUGUACAGUUUCGAGCUAUUGAACGGCGACUGCUGACACGAUUCAAAGAUAAAACUCCUGCUCCUCUUCAACAUCUGGACACCUUGCUAGAAGGAACAUUCAGAGAG